GUAGUGUCUGAAAUCAGAAAAUUCUGUGCAACUUGUGCGUGCCUGUUAGAGCAAUGUGAACACGUUUGUAAAAAGAGCAUCCAUCAUGAGGGUGAUAAAACACUUUUAAAACACUUUUGAGUUAAUAUAGCAGUUGAGAAGUGAGAUAGAUUCCUCUACUGGAAUAUAAUAUGUUUAUAAUAAUAAUACCGUGUGAAUACAACUAUCAUGCAGAAAUCGACAAAAAAGCGAGCAAGUGUAAGUAGAAACCCGAGUCGAAACGCUGUAGUAAAAGAAAAUAGGUGAUGCAUAAACAAUUCAAUUAAAUUAUUAUAAGAUGAUUUGUAGGUUAUAUUUUAUAUGUGUUAUUCUUACGUUUUACGGAUAUAGUAUGUGAGACACAAUUCUCUAGCGUAAUUUCAAUAUUUUUUUUGAUAAAAGUGAUAAAACCAUGAUUGUCAAAUUUCGUAAGUAUAAAAGAGAAACGUGUAUGUAUCGUUGGGUAUAUGUCGUCGGUCCCUACAAAGACUAGCACGUUUCAAAUCUCUCUGGAAGAGUAAUACUUUUCAUUUUUCGCCGCGAAGACUAGCACUUUUCACAACUUUGCCGCGAAGACUAUAUAGCACGUUUCACGACUUUGACAAACAAUUGAUGAUAUUUAUGAACGCCAAAGUGGUACAUGCAAAGAGACGGUUAGUGCAAAAACUAUUGUCAUACGUUUUUUUCAUGAAAGAGCAUUAGUUUGAGCCGUGAAAUGUACUACUCUUCACGGUAAAAGUGAAAAUUGCUAGUCUUCGCGGCAAACAACGAAACGUACUUAAGUACUAGUCUUUGACGCGAGUUCUGAAAUCUACUACUCUUCGUAGGGACCGACGAUGUAUACCCAAUCUAAAUUGAUUGAUGCAAGGUUAUUCGCAUGAGGAUUUUGACAGGUGUGUCAAGUGGCGUAUUUGAGUUUAUUUUGAAUAAUUCUUGAUUUUUGCACAUCGUAAGAGGAAAAUAAAUUUAAUUAAGAACAUUUUAAGGAAAGGCAGGCCUCCAACAAUUAAAAAUUGAUUAAGUUAUACAUCCAAUUUAUGGUAAAAAUUAAUUUGGGGCAUAACUAUAUGCUGCAUACAUUGUUGAAAAAAUUUCACAGCUGUAUACUGUCAUCUGUAAACGAACUAUAUGUUCCAAAAAAAUUCUCCCCAUUAUGGCUUAUAGUAACGUUUCUUAAAUAAGCGCUGCAAAUCCAAAAAAUAUUGAGGCUGCUUCACAAAUAUCGCGGCGAUCGAAGCUUUUUCCACAGCAUUAUCUAAUACGUUGGAAAGCAAGUCUUACAUACUACGCAAGUCUGUAAUUCGAAGUGAAGAUGAUCCCAAAAGUAUGAGGAUGGGAGGUGAACGGCAAGAAAGGAACUACGAGUGUUACAGUACCUACAUUGCCUUUAGGCAAAAGAAAUUUUUUCGGUAGUAGGAGGAUCCCGCCAAACCGAGUAUAAAAUGAGCCCAACACGCACUUGACUACAUUCAGUUCUCGUCUUCUCGUCCCAUUCGGAACUUCGCAGUUCUCAAACUCUCGAACAUCAUGAAGACGAUCGCAGUUUUCGCCGCCCUCGUGGCCGUCGCCCUGGCCGCUCCCCAGCGCAGGCAGGCCGGCAACCCAGCCGAGGUGGUCCUCGUGAAGGAGACGCCCUCCGACAACAUCGGUCUCGACGGCUACAGGUUCGCCUACGAGCUGAGCGACGGGUCGACCCGCGAGGAGUCCGCCCAGCUGGAGAACCGAGGACCCGAGGACUCCAUCCUCCGCGUCCAGGGAUCCUACAGCUGGUACAACCCCGAGGACGGCCAGACCUACACCAUCACCUACAUCGCCGACGAGAACGGUUUCCAGCCCCAGGGCGCCCAUCUGCCCACCCCUCCCUCCGCCUAGAUUUAAACAAGUUAUUUAUUUAAUAAAGUUGUUUUUUUAUACGAAAA